UUUGCAUCAAGGCCAGGAGAUUAAACGUGUGGGUUGGGAACUGGAGAGAGUGUGUUGUCUCGCUUGGGGCUCCUGAUGCCAGAGUUCUAGCUUUCAUCGCACUGGGUGAAAGAUUUCUCUUGGACGUUUCAUUCUCUGUGGCUACAGGCUCCAUGUUCAGAGAAGUUGUGCUGGUGCUCAGCUGCCUGCUGCAGAGGACACUCCUGACCACAGAGGGGCAUCGUGGGACCAACCCCCAUGUCUUCUAUGCAGUGCAAAUGGAUGGAGGCAUCAGAGCUGCCAGAGGUCUGGCCAAGCAGCACAAACUGGACUUUAUACAACAGAUUGGCAGCCUGGAUGCUCUGUAUACCCUGAGAGACAGCAGAGGGCGCCCUGACAGAGCCACCUUUGAAAAUGAGCUUUCAACUACAGCAGGGGUUCGCUGGGUGCAGAGGCAGUGCAGUCAUUACAGAGAGAAACGGAUUCCUGUGACAGGAAGGGACCACAGUACUGCUCACAGUUCCCAGAAGAGAGAGUCUGAAACUGACAGGCAGUCCAGGGAGAGUCAGAGUGACCAGUCCCUCACCUUCAAUGACCCACUGUGGCCCAUGCAGUGGGAACUGUUUUCACAGGGCAGGUACAACUCCAGUGGGUUGGACGUCAAUGUGAUGCCAGUUUGGAAAAACAACAUUACCGGUAAUGGAGUGGUGGUCAGCAUCAUUGAUGAUGGUAUUGAUCACACAAACAAGGACCUGAAGAAAAACUUUGAUGCCCUCGCCAGUUUUGACCUGUGUGCUUCGCAUGGGCUGUCUCAUGAUCCCAUGCCUGUCAGGAAUGAGGAGAAUAGUCACGGUACCCGAUGUGCAGGGGAAGUUGCCAUGGAGGCCAACAACUCCUACUGCGGUGUGGGCAUAGCCUUCAAUGCCAGGAUCGGAGGUAUCCGCUUGUUGGCCGGCGCUGUCACUGAUGCCAUGGAGGCCACAUCUCUGACCUUCAACAUCCACUUCAUCGACAUCUAUGUCUGCAGUUGGGGCCCGCGGGACGACGGGGCCGAGAUGGACGGGCCGCGCGGCCUGACACAGAAAGCCCUUUGGCUGGGAACCCACAAGGGCAGAGGUGGGAAGGGCAGCAUCUUUGUGUGGGCGGCAGGUAAUGGUGGAGGGAUGCGUGACCACUGCGGUGCAGACGGUUAUGUUAACUCCAUCUACAACAUUGCCAUCGGCGCUGUCUCUCAUAUGGGGAAGCCCACCUACUACGGUGAGCCCUGCCCGGGUGUGAUGGCCGUCACUCUGACAGGGGCCAGCAUGGGAGCCUCACGACCUCUGGUCACUGUGACCAACAUGGGGGAUGGCUGUGUCACACACUUUCCAGGAACAUCCAGUGCUGCUCCGAUCGCUGCUGGGAUUCUGGCUUUAGUCCUAGAAGUAAAUCCCGCGCUGACAUGGAGGGAUGUUCAGCAUCUGAUCGCCAAGACAGCAAAGAUCCCCGACCCCGAAGUGCCUGGGUGGAACAUCAACGCAGAAGGAUACCAUGUUCAUCAUAGGUUUGGCUUCGGAUUGUUGGAUGCAGGAUUGAUGGUGAAGCAUGCUGCAUAUUUUAACACUGUUGCUCCACAGAGGACAUGCACGCAAAAAGUCCCACUCCAUCCUUCCAGGGUCCUCAGUCCAAACGGUGAGGUAACAAUGAACAUCCAAUCAGAGGCCUGCCAUGGGAGGACCAAUGAGAUCAACACACUGGAGCACGUUCAGGUGACAGUGAGCAUCAGCAGCGUGUGUCGUGGUGACCUGUCUAUAAGCCUGCAGUCUCCAGCUGGCACUCUGUCGCUGCUAUUGGACGCACGGCCCAAUGACUCCUCCACCUCUGGCCUGAAAAACUGGACUCUGAUGACCGUGCACUGCUGGGGGGAGCAUCCACAAGGAGUCUGGACCCUCAAGGUGGCUGACCACAAAGGCACAGCGUGGAAAUGUCAGAGGCCAAAAGAAGAGGAGGCAGCAGGAGCAGUGCUGAGUGUUACACUCAUCCUCUACGGCACCUACCUCCCACAUAGGAGCAUGCACGAGGGCCCCCUGCAGAGCAUUGUGUCCAUGGGGUUGCAUCAUCCAGUCCCGACAAGCAGCCACCUUCCUCUGGACCUGAUUGGAUGGAUCUACAACAUGGAGAGAGACAGGAAGGUUCACGCUUCCGACAUCACCGUCCCAGACAGACACGAGAAGUCGAAGACCCCUGGAGACUUUGCACCACAAGACAAGACCCUUGUGAAGCCCUUAUCAUCCAGUAUGGCUUUCCAGUUAUUUCAGGCAGAUGUCAAACAGAGGUCCUUAACGGAGUCUGGACCUUUCGCCUUGAAGAAGCCUCGUGAGGCAAAGACCAGCAGGGAUAAUGAAGACAGAAAGAGACGGUCCUUACCUUCACAGCCUCUGCCUGGUGACGUCAUGGAUGUGAAGGAGGUUUAACAGUCAGACUCUCCAGAUCCAUGAGGUGGAGCAACUCUGAGCAGAAAAAAAACAGGAACCAAAGAAACAAAUAUGAGCUACAGUUAAAUAAUGACGGUUAAAUUCCACAGAGCAGCAAGCCAAUUGAUCAUGAAUCAAUUCCAUGUCCAGUAAGUCGACUGUGUGGCCUCGGUGUUGGCACACAUUAUUUAUUGUGGAUUUCUAGCUUGGCUUUAAAUCCCAAUCAGUCUCCCAGCAACAGAAACACACACAAUCGUGUAAAUCCCUCCCCAAAACAAAUCAUUUCAGGAGUAGGUUUCUGCUCUCGUCUCCUCUCCUCGUUUGCUUUCAGAGGUUGCAAAGGUUAGUGAAAGAUAUGUUUGUCUUUUUCCACUUCAUUGAAGGGUAAAUUCGGCUCAGUGCAAUAAGAAAUGGAUUACCCAUUCAUUAAAGGGGCUGUGUCACUCCUCAUUGAGUUGGACAAAUAGCAAAUUAAUUUCUAGCCGCCUAAUUUCUCUCUGUUCUCCACUGAAUUUCCGAUAACGUCGAAUUACUGAUCACAGCCAUGUGAGCUCCCUCAACUUUUUAUCAAUUCAUUAAAAAUGUGCCACAGUGGAAAUUCUC